AUGCCGCUACCACCAAUAGACACCAUCCUCAAGCACUUCUCCGCAAACCACGCGCUCCAUAUCCGUCCAACUUACCUGCAAACUCUGCUAACCUCACUCGCAUCGCAGCGCCAAAUUCCCACCGGGCCUGCCCUAUUUGGCUGGCUCAAGUUCCGUAUAUUAUCCUCCGAUAUUACGGACUCUUUGCAACCGUACGCAAACCUCUGCUUUCCGGUAAAUAUUACCGAUGGGGACGUUCAGAGUACUCCGCUCCCUGGGCCUGUUGCGGUUCAAGUCGUGGGGAUAGAAGAUAUGGGGACCUCCAAAUUCAACCAGAUUGAUCGGAUCGAGAUGGGCGAGAGGGGAGAAUUCAUGAAGGGCAAAGAAGUCAUAAGAGUAGUCCCUGAAGAGGAGGGGGAUGAGGGUGUGUCCGGUGGAGCCCUUGGCAGGCCCAGGGUGGCUACUGCAAAAACUGGCCCUCAUAAGCUGCUUGUGGAGGACGCCGGGGGGAGGGGAGUUUAUGGAAUCGAGCUUCACGAUAUACAGGGGGUUCAUGUUGAUAUGCCGAUGGGAACUAAGGUUCUUUCCAUAAAAUUCCUUCACCUUCCCGACACGAGAUCUCACUAACGGUUCUAGCAGAUGGUCCUGAAAAACGUCACCGUCUGCCGGGGGGUAUUGCUCCUAGCUCCCGCCAACACUCUUGUCCUUGGCGGAAAGGUUGAGACGCUCAAUCAGCAAUAUCUGGCGAACAGAAAGCAAGUCCUAAAGGCUGCUCUCGAAAAAUUAAGACCUCAGUCAUGA